UCUUUUCACUGUUAGUCUCAUUUGCUGUCACAGGUCACGUAAGACCAUUGUCUGAAAAAUGGCUGAGCUUCAGAAAAAUGUCAACGUUACAUAUAGAUUGCACUGUGAUGUGUUCUUUUUAACAACACAGGGGCAAUAACCGGCCUGUCUAACCAAAAAACUAGAUCAACUGGAAUUUGUCAACCACAUGAAGAUGGAAUGAUAACCCUGUUUUUUUACUGUCCAGCAGCACCAGAACGACUCGAAUUGUGUCCACGAGAACAUGACCUCAGUCUUCCCGUUAAUGUCAGACACUGUCUAUUGUCCUGCACAUGGCCCGGGCUGCCAGCAUUUGCAUGUUUUACAGUGUCCUCUGUGUACACUGUUUACAUUAUAUUUUAUUAUGAGCCCCAUUUACUGACGCCUCUGUUAAAUCUACUUUUAAUGUCAUACGCCAAGACUGGACGGAUGAUGAGAAGACAUCAUUCGGAUGAGCCUAUUUCCCAAUUCCUCGGAUUUUGUAUUUUCAAAAUAAUUUUGAGAGAAGACUGAAAUGCCAGCAAUGUUUGACAUCAUGCGGCUUUCCAUUUCUAUGGGCUGCAAAUGAAAGACGGAGCCUUGAGAUCUAAACUUUCCUCAGAAGGACUUAAGCCUAGAUUUGGAUUUUUGGUUUUGAGCUGGGGGGUUUUUCAGUUUGGGGAUUCAGCGUGCGCACGCAACUACUUGAUUCAAGUCUUUAAACCAGGAUGGACCAGGACCAGUCUUUCCGUCUGACAGAGAGCAUCCAGAUGAACACUCAUGAUGGUUUAGACCCGGGACAAGAGCAGCAGGAUGACUCUGGACCUGAUGCCAAGCCUAAAUCCAACCAGGGGACAUCGGAGCCAAGGGACAAACUCCCACCGCUGGCUUACAUCGAGUCCCGCAUGAAGCAGCUUCACAACAGGCGCUUCCUUCUGCUACAGAUGCAGCACUUUAAGAAGAAGUCGGAGGACAACGGUAUCAGAACCGCAGAGGAAAUGACCUUUGAGUACAGCGACCAGCUGUGUGAGCUGAAGGCCAUUCAGGAGGAGCUCCAGGAGCUGCUGGUGAAAAAAGAGCUGUUGCAGAAACGGGGAAAUCGCUCUAAAUUCACAGACUAUAAAGGUCAACAGGCCCCACAGUCCAUUUUUUAUAAGAGCGAGACACCCCGGGGGGGGAUCUACAUGCUCCCGCCUCCCCAGCUGGAACAAGAGGGCGCUACACUGGAGCGGGAAGUGAAAACCAGUCCUGUGUCAGAAAGACCAACAAGCCCAGUUGUUCCAGUGGAAAGUCUGGCUCAAACACCAGCGGUCAUCAAGUGUCCAUCCUGUGAAGAGAUUGUCUUCACAGAAACCAGCAGCAGAGUGGGCGUGACUACGUGGAUGAUUUUUUACAUCUGCACCAUAAUGGGGUGUGUCGCAGGUUGCUGUUUAAUCCCUUUCUUCAUGAGCCGUCUGAAGGACGUCCACCACCAGUGUCCCAAGUGCCAGGCAAAAGUACACAUCCACCAGCCACUUUGACCUGGAGGUUACUAUAUUAACAGCACCGGUGUGAUUUGUACAGUAUGAUCCACUACGUCUGUGCUUGAGUGACAACUUCCUGUGGACUUGGAGCUGUCUGGGACUCGGCCUCUGCUGUAGACUCCACAAUGAUCGUAGCAAUGUGCCUGGAGUCAAGUACAGUGCUGGUACAAACUGUGAAAAGGCUCACUCAACUUAAGGCAAACCUGGUGUUCUUGAUGUAUGUGAAAGUCAACCUCAGUUUGCCCACCCGAAUAUCGGCAAAACAUGGACGCUUGCAAAUGCAAACACUGCCAUUCAAAUCCAUACUUACUUUAAUAUCGUCUAGAAUAGUUAAUGUGUCAGAUACUAAUAGAUUGAGACAAACUGACCCCUACAUUCAAAAGGAUCAAUGCCAUUUUUUUGGCUGAUAUUAGGAUACAGCUUCGUGGGUUGUCUGUCAACACUCUAAUGAGCUCCAUGACUUGGUAUAAGGAAAGUAUACCUGGAAAUAUGUUAUCUCAGAGGAAAAUGGAAAUGAAUUGCUGAAAAUAUGCAAAUCGGAAUCUGUAACCUGACAAAGAACGGUUUGUAUACACUGUCAGCCAUAACACAAUUCAAAUGUAGUGCCUUG